AACUCGACCAAGCAACCAGAGACGCCGCCAAAGAUGGCCAAGAAAGAACCGGGCACCCCCGGAUUCUUUUGCGGCCGAUGGCUAACAUCGUUUUUCCCCGACACAGCGAAGUCCCGUACCAUUGCCGUUCGGCUGAUCUCUAUGGCCAUGACGGGCUACUACCGCACGAUGAUCCGGCCCCGUGCGCACCGUCCUCUCAGCAUGAUGAAGUACGACCCUGUCGUUAAGAAGCAGGUGCUGUUCCUUGAGGCGACCAAGGGUGGAAAGAACAAAUAAGCUAUUCGAUUUUGGAUCUGAGCUCUGC